GCACUGUGGCCGUACCCUUUUAGAGGAUAGCAUGGAUUCACUUUAAAGUCCAUAGACUACACUCAAAACCACAGAGGCUACAGGCUACAGAAAGAACUUAAUUCUGUUUGUUCUUUUGUCUACGGCGUGAUAUUUACAACCGGAAUUCGGAAUGGCCGCCGUGUUGCGUUACGUACAAAUGUAUUGAAAUAUUAUGUCAACUUGUUAUUAAAUAUCCUUUCAUAAUGGAUUGCUUUGGUAGAUGAGUGUAAAUUCUUAGCACCCGGCUGUGUUUAACUUUACAAUGUACUGUGCUAGUGAUAAAACUAUACCAGGAGUGUCAUCGUCACAGUCUUCGAAGAAUGUCAAAGAUGGCGUGACAAUGAGAGAAAAAAGGGGCGGCGCUAUGAGUAAAAUGCAAAAGCUCAGAAAGCGACUGUCCCUUAGUUUCGGUAGAUUAUCUACAAAAGACGAGCCCGACGGCGACAACGGCGAUUGUCGCGACCGUCAACACCAGAACGGCGGCGGGCGCGGCAAGCUGCCUUACAACGGCUACUCGGAAGAGUGUCUCGACCGGCUCGAGCCCAACGGCAAUAUACCGCACGACAAAGAGCCUCAUUAUGAAUGGAGCGGUGGUGCGGGUAACGGGGAAUACCGGGUGCGGAGGCAGUUGUCAGUCUCGUCAGACUCGAAGUUACUGGACGAGGGUGCGCGGGAAGACGCCCGAGUGGUGAUGCGGCCCAAGAGGCCACCUCGGCCCAAGUCCGAGGCCUUCUUGGGCCCGCACGACCACUCUAACAGACGCACCAAGCGAUUUAGUGCCUUUGGGGGUGAUUCUCCGUUCGGGAAACCCGAAGCUUAUAUUCAACUACAGCCACUCGGUGAGGGUUCCUACGCCACUGUAUAUAGGGGAUAUAGCAAUUUAACGCAGCAAGUUGUAGCACUUAAAGAGAUCACACUGCAAGAGGAGGAGGGCGCACCGUUCACGGCGAUCAGGGAGGCGUCUCUGCUCAAGGAGCUGAAGCACGCAAACAUCGUCACGUUGCACGACAUUGUGCAUACGCGCGAAACACUCAUAUUCGUGUUCGAGUUCGUGGACACGGAUUUAUCACAAUACAUGGAGAAGCACCCGGGCGGACUGAAUCACCACAACGUCAGACUGUUCAUGUUCCAGUUACUAAGGGGCUUAUCCUACUGCCACAGGAGAAGAGUAUUACACAGGGACGUGAAACCGCAGAACCUGUUAAUAAGCGCGCGCGGCGAACUGAAGUUAGCCGACUUCGGUCUGGCGCGCGCCAAGUCGGUGCCCAGCCACACGUACUCGCACGAAGUGGUCACUCUAUGGUACAGGCCGCCGGACGUGCUACUAGGCAGCACGGAGUACUCCACGUCGCUGGACAUGUGGAGCGUGGGCUGCAUCUUCGUGGAGAUGCUGUGCGGAGUGCCCGCCUUCCCCGGCGUGCGGGACACACAUGACCAGCUCGACAAGAUAUUCAAGGUGGUCGGCACGCCAACAGAAGAGAGUUGGUCCGGGGUCAGCCGUUUACCUGGCUUACGGACGCAUGUGAGCCGGUGGGGUAGCUGCCCGGGCCGGCCGCUCGGCUCCGCAUUCCCGCGACUCCGGGACGGAGGGCGCGAGGCCGAGCGGCUAGCGGCGGCUUUACUCCAACCAGAUCCUAGUCGACGCCAGGCCGCCCACUCGGCUCUGCAGCACGCGUACUUCGCUUCCCUGCCUCCGCGGCUCCGAGACUUGCCCGAUGAGGUCUCGAUCUUCACGGUGGAGGGUGUGUGCCUACACCCGGAGACGCGGCACGCCGCAGUUAAGUGAGCUUCGAGUCGCUACCUACUUUAGUUGAAUCUGUUAUGUUCGUUGACUCUCGGACGCAACCGCCUUCCCUUUAGUCUGCGCGUCCCAACUCAAGUCACCAAUGGACGUUCGGACGUCUAAGCUCGGACGCCAGACAUAUGAGAAGACAGCGCCGCUACUACGAGCGAUAGCUAGGGGGGUCAUCCAAAAAGUACGUCACACGUUAAGAGGAAGGGAGGGGGUCAACGAAGUGUGAAAUUGUGUGACAAGGGGUGGGAAGGGUUCUGAAUUCGUGCCGUCACAAUUCAAAAACUUAUACUUUAGAACGACCAAAAAAAUUUAAAAUAUUUAGAACUCUUACCUGUGUAUGUUUUGAUUUAUUUUGUUGGCUAUUUUCCGGUACUGAUGUUUUAUUAAAAAAAAAUAGAUGUUAAAUAACAAAACAUGCACCGUCACAUUAGGGAGUGGUGAGACUCAAAAAAGUGAUCACAAGGACGGGGAAGACGUUAAAAAUCACGAAAUUAGUGUAAUGUACUUUAUGGAAGACCUCUAGUACGUUUCAAUUCCUAUAGUUUUAAUAAAUGAAAAGUCGAAAUCUGGUCGACUCGUUUUCGAUGGACCAACGUUUUCGUGAUAGUUCUCUCGUCUAGUUUAUAAACGGGCAUCGGAUGCCGGCGACAGUAUUCGUUUAAUUAGUAAUUCCCCAACUAUAUUGUUUUCGUCCAUUCGUCGAUCGCUUGGACUAUUUGAAUAUUUUAAGCGCUUGUUAGCUUCUAACGGAAUAUCCAUCCAUAUAAUUCAAUUAUUCUAUGGUGACAAGGUAAACUGAUAGGUAUCGAGUGUACGAAUUAUAUAUGUAUAAAUAUAUAACAGAGCAGUGUGCCAUGUAUGUAUAUCUAUUAACAAUGAAAAGAAAAGAGUAUGACGUGUUAUUUUAAAAGAAUUUUAUGCUGGAUAUAUGCUCAUAAUUUGGUAAAAAUUUUGAAGAUGUUUAUUUAUAAUAUUAAGGGAUAAUUGUCGAUGAACUUUAAUGCAGUCUUAUGAGAGCUAUACGGUUUUUACUCGAGACUCUUAUUGUGGGUUUACAUCGAGCGAACGCUUUGGAAAUACCAUUUUGUACUCUCUGGUUACUAUCGGACGCGCUAUGAAACUCAUGGUAGGGGUACUCUAUAUGUAUUUUGGCUUCUGUCUGAAUCUUAUGCACACAUUCCUUCCACGGUGCUCAAAUAGUGACAUAGAGUGGAGAGGGUUGACUGGCAGAUUCUAGCACGCUUGCUUAAGUCCACCAUCACGGCAUAUACCCCCUAACGAGCGAGCAAUGGACUGCUUCCAGUGAUACGACGUGAAUUGAACCGAGAUAAUCUAUUACCAAAAUUUAUUUUAUCGUGUCAGAUCUCAAAUUUUAUUAUGAAGUGUGGGACCGUCCUACUGUAAAUUUAUAACGUGAUAGGGAAUUCGAUUCGACUAUUAUAAAUAAAUAAAAAAAUAAACUUUUUGUGGUGUAUGAGAGAUGAUUAGAGUACAUGGGAUGUAGAUUCCGUCUAGCCUAAAGAUUAGUGAAAUUAAUCUGUUUUAGUCAAAUUUAGUGGUCCCCACUACUAAGGUACGUAAGGCGUGCAUUGUAUAGUUAGAGUACAGACCGGCGCAUCGGCAACUUUUUAACGUGAAACAGUGAAAGGAUUUCGAAAUGCGAUUUUUUUCUAUCGUCUCUAUAAUAAUAUAAAUAAAUACUGUACUAAAAUAAUUAUUGAUCUGUGAUUUCGAUAAUAGUGUAUAGUUCUGUCGAAACGUAAACACCAAUUUGUGCCAACAUUGUAAAUUAAACGCUUCGUACGUAGUGUCAUUCGAGGGACGAUUGUGGAAUCGCAUUUGGUUCUAUUUUAUGAUUUGUACGCGCAGAGAAACUAUGUCACCAUUAUCUAGUCUUAGCCCUUUGGUCGCAUAAUUCCUCUAAACGUACGUAAUCGUGCUUUAACACCUUUACAGAGAGUACAUUUAGAGUAACCGCACAUUUAGCCACUGGUGGCUCCGUCAAGCCACUAGACGCAGCCACCAAUCAAAGUCUUGUGGUUUAGUGGCUGCCGCUAAGCCACUAGUGGUAGCCAUAAAGCCCCCAGUGACCGCCACUACGCCAUUAGCGGCUGCGAUUGGUGGCUGCAUCUAGUGGUUUAAAUGAGCCCACUUUUGGCCGCCAUAAAGCCCCUUGUGGCCGCCAUAAAGCCCCUUGUGGCCGCCACUACGCCAUUAGCGGCUGCGUGAAGUGUCUUGACUGAACCCACUAGUGGUCGCGUUUACAGGCCGCGAAUUUUGGCUCAAUGUGCGGUUGCUCUUAAAAAGCACUAUUAUAUGAGCAAUACUUGUUUUAAGUCUAUUGAGAUAGUCGGCAUAAAAUAUUAUAACAUUAUCGAAAUGCCUCAUGAAACUUUUUCAUUGUUUCAAUUGAAUUUUAAUCAAACUCCUGUCAUAAAUAACGUAGUUAAUAACUUUUGAAUAUCGUAACGCGAAAACUAGUGAAGAUAGCAAUUAAUUUU